AUGUCAACUCGUUCAGCGGAUGGCGUUCCGUCCGGAGUUCACUGGCGAAUUGUCAACUACGAGAACAAAAAGGACUUGGUAGAGGCCUUAAAAAGAACACACACUCUCCUGUCUUUUGUCCAACUUCUUGCAGAUCCGACAAACCAGUCCCAGAAGAACCUCAUUGACGCUGCUAUCACCGCGAAGGUGAAGCGCUUCGCACCAAGCGAAUAUGGAAGUGCCGGGACAGCCCAUAUGCCUUGGUGGGCGGGCAAGGAAGAAAUCCGAAAUUAUCUAAGAAAGGUCAACGAGAACGGAAAAGUUCUGGAGUAUACGCUCUUCCAGCCUGGUCUGUUCUUAAACUAUCUGGCGUCUCCGUACAAGACCGCGAGACACGUCGACCCGCUGGAUACUGUUUUUGACUUCCAGAACCGCCGCGGAAUUGCAGUCGACGGCCAUGAAGAUGCGGUCAUAACCUUGACCACCGCCGCCGACCUUGCUUCGGUGGUCGCGCAGGCUGUCGACUAUGAUGGCCAGUGGCCCGAAAUCGGCGGGAUAAGAGGAUGUCGAGUGACCUUUUCGCAGGUAAUUGAAAUUGGCGAGAAGGUCCGAGUGGCACUCCACGAUCUGGAGGCUGGGGAUUUAAAGACAUCGUGGGCCCUGGAGAAAAAGCACCGAGCUGUCACCGAUGACCAGUCAUCUGGUCUUCUCACGAAGGUGUCUAUUGGGGUCCUCCUCGGCAGCAUUGAGGGUGCAUGGGAUGUUUCAGACGAGUUCAAUCAACUUUUCCCGGACUAUAAGUUUGAAGCGAUGGAAGAGUUCCUUGCCAGAGUCUGGAACGGGAAGGCAUGA